AAACAUGGUGCCAUUGUUUUGGCUCUCUCUCUUUCUCACCUGCCUGCCACUACAAGGCGCUGCGCGACUACAAAGCUGUCUAUCACAACCGAGCAAUGUGAUUUUGCGGGAGACGGGACAAGACGGCGAGAUCUGGUGCGGUGUCCAUCCCAACUGCUCAGACAAGGGCCUGCAUUACCAGUGGUUCACUUUCAAACGCAGCAGUCACAUUCGUCUCAACCUGGAUGACAUGUCCCACAAGUACAGCCUCCAAGGAGCAACUUUACAAAUAAUGUCCCUCAACACCAACGACAGCGGGAUUUACUACUGCGGCGCCGUUUCCCCCGGAGAACCGAGACCUGGGGCUCAGCAUGUUGGACUGGGGACAACUCUUGUUGUUAGAGAAAAGACCAAGCUCAUGGUGGGACACGUUCUGUUGUGGUUAACAUUUGUCCUCUUGGUCAGCUACAGCUUGACAACAGUGACGCUUAUCGUUCAAAAGAAGUACGGCCUCAAUAUAUGGAACUGCAGACGGCUAUGCAAAAGUGACAAGCAGAAGAGCAGCACAAAUAAAACUACAAUCUUCCGGGAUGUGCUGCAAGAGAUGCGUCACAGACGUGACUUGAAGAGGAGCAAACAGGCCUCGAGGAGAAACCCUGCACAGCUUGAGACGACAGCUACCGAGUGGAAAAACACGCCUGACGACAUCUAUCAAAAUGUGUAACUGUCUCCCCAUACUUUCAGUUCUGCCGCUUUUAGGAAUGUAAUGCCAAAAAGAACAUUCUGAAAGUUAACCAAGAUAUUUAUGAAAGUUAAAUGUGGGAUUGGGUACAUCAUUUAUGUGAGUUUUUAUGAUUUUGCCUUCAUAGCAGGUGUCCACCAAGGGCUGCGUACAGAAAAACUGAAGGACACGGACACACGGAUACUUUUGUCCAUGAAAGAUGCUAAAACCGUCAGUAUCACGAUCUAAACAAAACACAGAAAGCUAAUGAGUAUAACACCUAAUAUAUAGCCCAUUAAUCAUGAAUCCAUGUUAUUUUUACAACAUGCCUUAUAUGGUCCUUGGGCCACACUUUGGAAACCCCUGCUUUAUUGUUUAGAUCAGUGGUCCCAAACUUAUUUUGACCCACGGACCGGCUUGUGUUCCCACAAAUCUCCCGCGGACCGGGGGUGUGCUCGUACAUUAUAGCGAUCUAAUUUAUCUUAUUUAUGAUGUAUUGUGUAAAACUAAGACAUGAAUAACAUCACAUUAAAAGCACAAAAUGAAUGCCGACCCACCAUCCACCAGUUCAAGUUUUUCCAGAGAGAUUAUUACAUCGCUGUUUGACGUGUAAAGGCAGUGCGCUAGCAUGAAUUAACUUAAAUUGAAUUAAUGAAUUAAGAGACAAAAGUGCACAUUAUCGUUCAUUAAGUCAUCAAAACUUACCUUUAUGCAUUCCCACAUAGUAUCAGCAUUUGAGACCAAAUAUGAGGUGAAAGAAAAAUGGUAAAAAAUACAGUAGUAGUCUAUCUGUGCAGCAUGUGAUAAAGUUAGCACACGCACAAUGGACAUGCGUCAAGUGAGACGGAUGUAACAGAGAGAAUCCGGCCACUUUUCAAAAUAAAACAUCAAAAAAAUGAAAUAAUGGAAAUUAUGUUUUCUUUCUGUGCGGCCCGGUAUCAAAUGACCCACGGCCCGGGGGUUGGGGACCACUGGUUUAGAUGGUUCUACUGUAUUUGUAGACGCAUUCUUAUUCCCAAUAUUAUACAUCAUAUUUUAGUGACAGCUCUGCACUUUCUGGUGGUGUUUAUAAAGGCAAAAUCCUUGUGGACAUACUGUAUCUGCAUGUGUAUCACAACGGAGCAAGUGCAUGAAUGGGAACAUAAUUAUUUUUUAAUAAAAUACAUUCUAAACCAACCAUAUAUUUUUUUCUUGUAAAUGUCAUUUGGUCCUUAAAUGUCAAGAAAAAAAAGGCACAUUACAUGCACAGAUGACAUGAUAUAGUCUAAUGUAGUACAGCGCAAUAGUAAGAAUAGAAAUGCAUACAGGGGUACAGUAUCACCUUUAAAAAAAAACGUAA